CAUACGCAUAAAAAAUGGAAAAGAAAAUGGCAGAGCUUCAUAGAAAAGAGACAGAGAAAACAUAAAAAGAAAAAAAAAAAAAGGAAAUCGUAGGAAAAGGAAGCCAAGGAGCUUCUUUACUCUCCAAGUUUGAAGCUUGAAUCUUUCUUCUUUUGAUCGAGAACCUGAAGAUUGUUUUUCUUUUUGGGCAUAUGUAUCUGUUCUUCUAGAGGUAUUUUGAUUUUGGACUAUCCAGGAAACAUUGUGUGGGAAUGAUUUGGUAUAACUUGAAGGUUUAUCUUGACCGUAGAGAGAUGCGACAGGAACUUAGACCCUUUAGCGAAGGAUUUGGCACUUUCUUGUCAAAAUUAAGUUUGCAUAUUCAGGCAUCCAACUAUUAGGUCUGAUGAAUUGUCAUUCACCUUCAACAAGAUGAAUGGAUUCUCCACUGUGGAUGGCUUUGUGGAGAUAACUGAAUCCCUGGCAGAGAUGAUCAAGUACGUGGCGAAUGAACCCUCAGUGGGUCUUUUCUAUGUUCAACAGCACACCCAAAAUGCCGUUCCGAAUGUAGUUAAUCUCAAUAAUCAUGUUGUAGAAAAGUCUCGUGAAGCAACUUUGCACACAGAGGACUUGGAAGAUUCUAUCACCAUGGUGAGGUCGAUGAAGGAAUGUGGCUUUCCUAUUGCUGAUGAGAUGAUUAAGGAAAUUAGGAAUUCUCUAACGAUAAUGUCAGCAAAACAACAGAAGAGAGGAUUGAUCCACAGUCCUGCUUCAAGCUUUCAGAUGAGAAGAACUAGCUCUUGGGGACCAAUGUCUUGGGGUCAUGGCUCUGAAAAUGUCCAGCAGGAUGGAAGUAAUUAUUUUUCAACUGUAAUCAAGUCAGCAAGGCAAAAGGCAAGCAAUUUUAAGUGGCCACAACUUGAGUCCAAGGAACAGAUACAGAAGCAGCCCCAGAAGCCACUGUCACAUCCUACUCCACCACUAUCAGUUGCAUCUGCCAGUACUAGUUUCUCAAUUCCUGAUACAGAAGCUGAUGAGUUACCCUUAUCCUGUCAAAUGGCAGAUGAAGUCCAUGAAGAAGAAGAGGAAGCAACUGAAGAUGAUAUCAAGCCGUCGCAUCACAAUUUAUCGUUCAUGUCCAAAAACUAUGAUGAUUUCAAGGCUGAUAAAGAAGCUAAAUUAGAACAAUGGUUGGACGGGACUGAAGGCAAAAUGGAUAAAAGCAAGGGAGACACUGACACAGAUGGGCUUUAACUUGACAGCAUUUAGAUUGAAAAUGAAGUUUUGAGUUGUGUAAAUACUGUUGCUUGUUGUAAAAGUAUCUCCAGAGAAUGGUUAUAUGUACGGUUGUAUACAAAUUAAUUGAUGGAGCAAUUUAUUCUUUAAUAUCAA